AUGCUGCUGCUCUGCACCGCCACGCGCCCAGCCGCCGCGGGCGACGGUGACUGGGUUGAUGGCCGGGCGACGUUCUACGAUGACAACCAGCAAGGCUCAUGCAAGUACCGCGACCAGGUGCCUGCCGCAUACGGUGCCUGGCCCGACACACUGGACGGCUUUGCGGGGUGA